AUGGCGCGCCAAAGGGCUCAAGUCGCUUCGGCUCAACAACAAACCGCAUCUGAGCGGAACCAGGACAGCGACUCUGUUCAGAUUCAAGUCCCGCAGUUCUUCAACACGACUUUUUCAACUCACCGCGUGUCUCCGCUCUUUAUCGGUGUUCAGAAGCUGGACCAAACUCGCCUUGACCGACUUGCUCACCGACUCCGUGACACGCUCGUCGGCGAUGUGGUUCGCGGUAUUCAGAUUGGGCUCGAGGCCACGGACACGCCAACGGGCCAGGUUGGGCCGCUCAAGGCCGUGACUUUUCGUUGGUUCCAGGCAACGGAUAUCCUGGGCGACAAAAGCUCCGAGAGCUGGGGCGAGCUGUCAGAUGAACAGGCCAAGGGGCUCUGGAUCGAGCUGCGGCAUGAGAAUGCUGCCUAUGUCGCACUGUUGCUGCCUGGAUUCUCGCAAAAGCAAAAGGCUCCCACCACUUCAGCUGCCUCAAUGUGGAGCAUGGACAUAGACCAGCCUGAGAUUGGCGAGGCUGACAGCAGCCAGUUUCUUCGCCUGCCUCUGUUGCUCCUUCGGAUGCCACAGCCUCUCAAGGCAGUCAUUGGAGAAUGGCUGUCAACAACGUUCGACUGCCGUGUUACUAAAUUAAACUUGGGCACUCGAACCUUGGUUGGCGUACUGGAAGGCUGGAUUCAAGAAACUGGACUACCCCGAGCAGAGUCUGACCUUGUGUUGACUCUGGCAUUUAAUGCGCCGGUAACAGACAAAGGCCGAGCGGCUGUACUUCCUUUAAGCGGGGAUCUCGGCAACGAUGAAGAUGAAGAUGAAGAGGCAGCUAGCCCUGGACUACGGAGCAUGGAAAUAUGCAUCUCGGCAUCGGAUCUGCGUCGCUUCCUACGAGCUGGGAAGACAUUGCUGAAAUCUAGGAGGGCAAGUUCUAAAACAUCUGCGAAUACGCCAUCAUGGGAACAUGACGACCGAGAACGGCGCAGGCUCGCCGGUCCGCACAUGGACGACGGGUGGGGGUGGCUCAAGAAUCAAGAAGGAAAUUCGUACCCCUUGAUGGAAGCUUUGGCGAACCAUUUAGACCACCACAUGGCACUGAACCUAUUCCAUCCGGGUGUUCACAUCACUCAGAUCUCAUGCGGAGGCUUUGUCCUCGCGCAGUCUCGGAUCAAGAUUGUAAAAUCCGGUGAUGUAACUGAUGACCUCUCCAGAGCGGCCUGGAUGUUUGUUACGUUAUUGGGAGAAAGGGUUCGGAGCGAUGAGAUUUCUUUGGUGACUUGA